AUGGCUCCUCCACAGAAACCAGAGACCUUCAUGCUGAGCAGUGAAGCACAACAAAGUCUUCCUCAAGAUGCUCAAGUCGCACUCCAACAAGUCGACAAUUUAAAAUACUUUUUAAUAUCUGCUCCUGUUGAUUGGACGGCGGAUCAAUACAUCAGACGAUUUCUCCUUCCAACCGGUGAAUACGUUUCUUGCGUGUUAUGGAACAACCUCUUUCACAUUUCCGGUACCGAUAUCGUUCGAUGCUUGUCUUUCCGAUUCCAAGCUUUUGGUCGACCAGUCAAGAACUCGAAGAAAUUUGAAGAAGGUAUCUUCUCCGAUCUGCGCAAUCUGAAGUCUGGCACCGAUGCCUCCCUCGAAGAGCCAAAGAGUGGUUUCCUCGAUUUCCUAUACAAGAAUAAUUGCAUACGAACACAAAAGAAGCAAAAGGUUUUCUAUUGGUAUAGUGUACCACACGAUAGGUUGUUUUUGGAUGCGCUCGAGCGGGAUUUGAAGAGGGAGAAAAUGGGACAGGAGGCUACAACCAUGGCAGUCAAUGAGCCAGCUUUGUCUUUCGAAUUCGACUCAUCGCAAUCAUUAUUCGAGCAACUCACCAAGGCCCAACAAGCGAACUCCUCGUCGUUCUCCGCUCAACAACCUUCAUAUAAUCAAUCACAAUCAACAUCCCCGGUGAUGCGAGCAAUGGAUUCGAUGCCUCCCCCACAGAUGAUUCCACAAGCAAUGGCGAUGCCAGAAGAGAUGAAUCAAAUGGCAGCUUAUCAACAAAUGACGAUGCAGCAACCACACAUGCAACCACAACAACACCAUCCGCAACACCAUCCGCAACAUCAUCAUCAGCAACAUCAUCAACAGCAGAUGCAACAAGUUAAGAGGGAACCAGAUUUCAACCGCGUUCAAUACAAUCAAAAUGGUGUCCCAAUCGGGCAAACACAUCAGCGACAUGCCUCCAUGCCUGCAUACGGAUUGGAGUACUCUCCCGCGCCAUCAUUUGUUUCAUCACACUACGAAGAUUACAGCGCUCGUGGGAUUUCUUUUGAACCCAUUACCCCUCCUCAACAAGCCCUUGGAAUGGGAGCUGAGCCUGCUUAUAUCGCAAAUGAAGAAACUGGUCUCUACACAGCAAUUCCGGAUCAUAUGGGCGGUGUUAAUGGCCUACACACACUGAUGCAGAUACCCCCAUCAAACCUGUCUGGGCCACAAUUUUCGCAUGCCACUAGAGGUUAUGGAGCAAACAAUGUCUAUUCGGUAAUUGAAGGAUCUCCAACCUACAAGCAAAGAAGGCGCCGCUCGUCAAUUCCUCCUGGAGUUGCAUCAAUUGUUGCUGCUGCCGCAGCUGCUGGUCAACACUCACACCCUGCCCAUAGACCAUCGGAUCUGAGAAGAUCGGUGUCGCAUUCCGUGGGACCAGUAGCUGAGGGCGACGAGUCGGGUGAAAACUCUCCACCUGGACUUACCUACAGCAACCAGAUUCCCCGUCAAAUGCCACAUCACAAGGAAUUGGCUGAUUUCUCAAGACAUGGAACCCCACUUUCUAAUGUCGAGGAUUCCCCGCACAUGAACCCAAUGUCGUUGCAGCAAUCAGACUUUCAGUUGAAUGAUGAUCUUUCAGGUGAUAGUCCACUUGACCACUCCCCCCAACGAAGACAUAUGCAAGGCCCUGGUGGCGUUGUGCGAAGAGCACGAAGCGCCACCAUGAUGGAACUUGGCCCCUAUCCCCAAAAGUCACAUUCAUGCCCAAUUCCCACUUGCGGUCGUCUGUUCAAACGUUUAGAGCAUCUCAAACGACAUCGUCGUACGCACGAUCGUGGUGACGGAUCUGAAGGUGCCUAUGGUAGCUACAGUGGCGAAGAAGAAGAUUUCGAGGGUGAAGAUCACCUCGGACCCCUUGAAGACGCUUCUCCUAAUUCCGAAAAUGGCUAUCUCCCACAAAGCAUGACGUCGAGCUUCAACGGCAUGCCUAUGUCCAUGGGAAUGAUGAAUCCUGGUAUGGCUGCUCCUAGCCAGCUUAUCACCGCACAUCAACUCAUGCAACAGCCGAUAUAG